ACAGGUGUCUCCAAUGCAACAUUAACAUAUAAAACCUUGUAAAAGCAAGUUGAGUCUAAAUAAUACGCAAAAUGUACUCUUUAAUAGUGCUUGUACUUUCUUUCCUUUCAAUCAAUGGCCUGGUGCUACACAAUAAAAUAGAAGAAAGUGAAGCUGAGAGACUGCUGAUAAACCUUGGUUAUUACAAUCCAUUUGCCUUUGAUGCUAGUAACAACCUAACGGAAGCAAUCAAAGACUACCAAAGUUUUUAUAAUCUUCCUAAAACUGGAGAGCUCGAUCAAUUAACAACUGAAAUAAUGAACAAGCCAAGAUGUGGAAAUCCUGAUAAAGUUUAUAGUAGUCAUGGUUAUUAUUUGUUGUGGCAUACGAAAUGGCCCACCAAAACUCUUACAUACAAAUUUGAAAACACAGGUGCUGAUCUUCCAGCAAAAACUGUAAAAGAUACAGUUAGAAAAGCAUUUAAUAUGUGGUCCUCGGUCACUCCUUUAACUUUCACUGAAGUAACUGAGCGCCGUGGUCAUAUAAACAUAGGAUUUUAUUCUGGGACACAUGGUGAUGGUGGAGAUUUUUUUGGCCCCGGAGGUACAUUAGCACAUGCUUUUUAUCCGCAAAACGGAAACCUUCAUUUUGAUGAAAAUGAAAAUUGGGUUGUAAAUCAAAGAGGAACAGAUUUGUUAGAAAUAGCAGUUCAUGAAAUUGGGCAUGCUAUAGGUAUCCAGCAUUCAAGUAUUCGCGGAACCAUUAUGUUUCCAACAUACUUUGGUUACCGAUCAAAUUUACAACUUCAUGAUGAUGAUAUUAAAGCAGUUCAAGCUUUAUAUGGUGUUGGAACAGGUGGAAUAAUCACACCAAACCCACCUACUGGAACCCCACCAACCGGAACUAAAUCAACUCAAUCUCCGCCUAGUGGUAAAUGUCCAUAUACAGAGGAUAAAAACAAAGCUUGCUUUUUUUGGGCACAACACGGCUACUGUACAUCGGCUAGAAGCGAUUCUUUAGCAAGAAUGAAGAGCGACUGUUGCAACAAUUGUGAAAAAAAUGCACUUUGUGAUAAUAAAGACAAGCAAUGUGACAGUUGGGCCAAUCGAGGAGAAUGUCAAAAGAAUUUUGUUUGGAUGAGAGAAAACUGCUCUAAAGCUUGUAAAGAAUGUAGUUAAUAAAAAAAAAAAAGAAAAAAGAAAAAAAUAUUAGUGUUAUAUUUACUAUAUUCUCCUUUGGUGUCAGUUAUAUCAUUGGAAAGUUUGCGUCAUAGAUGAUUUUA